AUGAGUGCUAAUAUAAAGAAAAGUUGUCCGAACUGUAGUCAACUAUUUUGCUUUAAGUCGUUAUCUUCAAAACAGAGCAACGACAACAUACCUCUUUUUUUAAAAUGCGGUCAUUCUAUGUGUGAAAAUUGUAUUAAAAACUUAGUGAAGUUUGGCGAACCCAUCGAAUGCAAAGUGUGCCAUAGCGACAUGGAAAUAGCCGCUAAUGAUCUAGCAUUAUUGUUGCAAAAUAAAAUUAAACUGCAUCAAUUAUUUCCUGUCAAUGUUUAUAUGCUCGGGGAACUCUCGCUUGAAUUCUUAGAGACUAAUAUGCAAGUCAAUAAUAAAAAUGAAGAUUAUUUCCUUAAUUUGGAAGCAAUUAUUCGGGGCACGGAAACAACUCAAGGUCAGUGCUUGGAGUGCCAGAACCCAACUAUAAAAAUGUGCCAGCAGUGUGCUACAAUACUGUGCGACAAUUGCUUCAACAAAAGCCACAAAAACUUUGUUGUUUUCAGAAACCAUAAGCUACAGAAUAUUGAGCCAAAAUUAACAUUAAACAAUUGCAAAGUGCAUACAGAAAAGUCUUUGGAUUAUUAUUGUAAGGAUUGUUCUAAAUCCAUUUGUAUGGAUUGUUUGGUUGUUGGUGGUGAAAAGUCAUGCAAAAAUCAUAAUUUGGUGUCCAUGCAGGAAGUGAAUGAAGAAUUAUUGGAAAAAUUAGCCGAAAUUUCACCAAAAGUGGAUGAGACAUUUAGGCGAUUGACAAAAACUGCAGUUGAUAUUGGUCAUUUGCUUCACAAUAUAGAAAACGAGACAGGAUCCACAGACCUCACACAAGUAACAAAUGAGGUGGAACAACACUUCUCAAAACUUACGUCAAUAAUCCAGAAGAAAAAACAGGACGUGAUCGAUAAAAUACUUUUACUAAAAAAUGCAGAAAAAGAAACAUUGCAUGAAGCCAAAAAUUCAGUGGCUAAUUCAAUUAAGAAAGCAAAUUCCGUACUGAUUUCUAUAAACAAAUCUUUAAGUGUUGAGAAAAUUAAACAGGCAAAUAUGUCAACACUUCUUGAAGAUGCCAAACAGGUUUUAUCCAGUCCCUGGUACCUAAACCGCAACAAGACUGCAAUAAAGUUGGUGGUGAAUGAAGAGGUGUGCAACCUCAUCAGUGACUUUGUUCGCUUCGAAGAGGAGGGUAAUGUCACCUAUGAACUUGUUGAUACAGCACAUCUCGAUCCAAGCGUUGAAAUACCACCUCCUCCACCAGCACCAGUAUAUCCUCCUGAACUACCCAAAGAUGUGAGACAACUAAACAAAACAAAAAAAGUUGAAAAAGAAAACGAAACAGCCAAAACACCAUCAUUUUAUAAGAGUGCACCAAAAUACCAUAGUAAGAGUGGUUCCAUUUCAUCAUUGAAUUCUCUGCAUAGUGACUCUUCUCACAGAAGCUCUUAUAGAGAUGAAGGACUCCAUAAACCGAUAGUGCAGCCUGUGUCGCCGUUUCCAGAAAGUCACCAUCCUCGGCAACUUUAUGCAGGUGGCCAUGAGUUGGUUUAUAUUUCACAUAUAGUGAGUCCACACGACUUUUAUGUACAACGGGCUUGUCACCAAGGCAUGGUCGAGGAAAUGAUGAAAGAGUUCCGAAAUGCAGUCUCGUUACCCAAACCCUCGAUAAGUCACGUAGCUGAAGGGAAACUGUACUUGGUGUUCAACAAGGCAGACAAUUUGUGGCAACGAUGCAGAGUAAUUAGUAUUGACAGAAAGGAUAUUACUAAGCCAAUCUUCCAUGUGUUUUGCAUUGACUUUGGAAGCACAGAAAUUGUUCCUAUAGAUAAGUUACGCCUGCUUCCUCCUGCAAGAGCGCAGUCGCCUUUACCAUUUGCCAUAAAAUGCUCACUGACCAACUGUGAACCCGUAGCUGGAUCAUGGACAAGCGACGAUGCAAUCCUAAUACAAAAUAUAACUGACAAUAAGCAGGCGGUGAUACAUAUCCACCGUAUUCGCUCGACGUCCAACUACAGCGUUAGCAUAGAGUGUGAUGUUACGACGUACGACGGCGGUGUUAGUCUAGCGCACGCUCUAGUGUUUCAUGGACGGGCUCGUAUGCCUAACUCCAAACUGCCGUAUCCAAAGUUAAUAAGUGCUAUAGAGAAACCCAAGUUGUUUAUAAGCAAUAAUGAUUUCAAACCCAAAACUGUGGAAGAAGUCUACAUAACUCACAUAGUGAGCCCAGAUGUCUUCUAUGUGAGAAAGCAUCAUCUGCAAAAAGUAUAUGAAAAGCUAUGUGAAGAUUUAGACCUAAAUUACAGUUUGAGUGUAAAUACUGGAAGCAUUUACCUACCAGAAAUAGACAUGGUGUGCGUGGUGAACGUGGAGAAGUACUGCGUGGCGGACGCGCACACGGCGGAGCGGCAGGCGACGUGGGCGCGCGCCGUGGUGCGCGAGCUGCCGGGGCGCGGCCGCGUGCGCCUGCUGCUGCCCGACUGCGGCGCCACGCUGCUCGCGCACUGGACCGCGCUGCGCCGCAUACUGCCCAAGUUCACCACGCUCCGAGCACUCGCAACUGAAUGUCACUUGGCCGGAGUUACGCCAUUAAACAAAAAGUGGAGUCCCAACUCCGUGGCGUUGCUCCAAAACUUCCAAGGUCGACUCUUGGAACUACAUGUUGAAGAUAAUAACAACCGUUCCCUAGGCGUUACUCUGUAUGACAAAACAAACGAAGAUAAUGUCAUAUGCAUUAACACAGAAAUGGUGAAAUACAAAUUCGCUGUUACCUUUGGAUUAUUCAAGUUUAACAAACAAAAUGUUCUUGAAGAACAAGUAAUCACUAACAAGUCCCCACUUAAAGAAACACCGCGUCUUAAAACUCCAUCUAAGAGCAUUAAUAUUUUGAAAAAUGAAACUUCAACAAAGCCCGAGAUUGACGAAGAAAGUUUAGAAGCUAAAGAUAAAGGGCCAUUAAGAUUGGAAGCAAAGGUUCUGUAUUAUCAGUCUCCAUCUCUCAUUUACGUAUCGCUUGUUCAUCAGCAGAAGACAUUAAAUGUUCUGUUUGAGAAUAUACAAAAGUACUAUUCUAAGAAAAAAAUUCAAAAAAAAGAUGAUUGGAAGGUUGGUGAUAGAUGUUGCACCAUAUGUCAACAAUCACAAACAUGGCGCCGUGCAGCCAUUGUCGAACUAGAAGGUGCAAAUGCUAAGGUCUUCUAUUCAGACUUCGCAUGUGUUGAAACUGUACCAGUAUCAAGUUUGAGGGAAUUGACUCAAGACUUCGCAUCAAUAGGUGACGCCGCUAUUAAAUGCCAUUUAUGCGGCGUAGUACCCGCAGAUGGAGAAGAGUGGCCAUCUCUUACAAAAGAAUAUCUAAAAGAAAUGUUGGAUGCAUACAAAAGAGUUUUUAUUACAAAGAUUGGAAAUUUCAAAGAUAAGAGUAUGCCAAUUGAGAUGUGGGUUUAUCACACAACCCAAGGUGGCGCGUUGGAGCCCAAUACUUCAGAAUGGCGUUGUCUUAAUAGGAAAAUCAUUGAACAAGGACUGGGCAUACCCGAUAAAUCUCAACAGAUUAAUGAUCCAGAUGGUGAAGCCGAAGCAGGCAAAAAUGUGCUAUCGUUUCUGAAUAUAACUGGUUCAGUCCAAGAAUGGCUGCAACUGGAGCCAAUGCCUACAAAACCUUUUAUUAUUAAAUCUGACUCUGAAAGCCACUCCAACAGAUCAACCCCAUUAGAAUUUGAAUCUACCACCAAAUCUGACGCUGAUAAUAAACUAGAAACCAUAUUUAUAUCUGAUUGGUUGCCACCAGAAACAUUGCAAAACAGAGAAUUCACAUGUAUACCCACGUAUGUGGACAACGAUGGUAUUAUUUACCUUCAUGAUAUAUCGCAACAAGACACUUUGGACUUAAUUCGAAAAGCGCUAGAUGUUCGCUUUAAGAAUCCAGAUCCUAAAGCUAAAUACGCCAAAUGGUCGGUUGGUGAACCAUGUGUUGCCCUUUACUAUCUGGAUAACAAAUUUUACAGAGGACGAAUAUUAGAAGUUAACAGUGAAACAUCUACUUGCGUGGUGCAUUAUAUUGAUUAUGGAAAUGAAGAGAGUUGUUCAUUUUCUAAUUUAAGGAAAAGUAUUGCUUUAUAUCAAAUUCCGAUACAAGCUCACAAAUGUAUAUUGAAUCGUAUUCAACCCAUUGGAAAAUAUUGGGACAGACAAACAUUGGAUUACAUGCAUAAAUCGAUUGUUGAGAAACAAUGCUUCGUAAGAAUCUGUGGAGAUCCAAUAGAUGGUAUCUAUCCAAUCGAAUUAAAGUAUGAUAAGCUCUGGAUUAACGAUCAUUUAGUUGAAUUUGAAAUGGCCGAGUACACUGAUGGCUCUAAAGCAGUGGUGAGGAAGUUUGCCCGUGAUGAAGGACGAAAUAACAACGAAGAACAUUCGUUCGUGGCAGAAUCAGACUCUGGACCAGAUUACAUUGUUGAAGAAGAACAAGAUCCGGAAAUGUCUGCUUCUCUUGAUUCAUUUAGUAUGAAAGCAUUAGAAGGAAAAGAUUGGAACCAAUUAUUGCAAGACGAAGAAGAAAAGCUUUCUCUUGAAGAAAACUAUUCUACAUUCCCAAAGAAUGAUGAUAAAGAUUUUACAUGUAAUAUCACAGUCAUCAAUGAUAUGAACACUCUUGAACUUAAUAUGAUUAAACCUAACGAAAAUGUAGAAUUGUAUGAGAUGAUGUUUGAAAAACUACAAGAAGAAGCAAAUAACAUGCCACCUUUGAAUGGAAUAUUUGAAAAUAAAGCGUGCGUGGCUCUCUUCGAUGAAGAUGGUCAGUGGUAUAGAGCUACAAUUUUGGAAUACAGUCCAAAUACAAAUCGCCUAAAAGUUAGAUAUAUAGAUUAUGGCAACAUCGAAAUAAUCUCUUUAGCUGACGUCAGAGAAAUUGAUGAAGAAUUUACGAAAUUACCACCACUAACCGUAUCGGCAACUUUACACGGUGUGCUAAUUAAUCCAAACGUGGAUGUAAAUAUUCUUACAAAAGAAUACGAAAAUACAUUUUUGGAUAAAGGUCCAUUCCAUGUUAAAGUUAUUGAUUACAAAAAUGGAAAGCCAUCUGUUGAAUUAAGAAAUAACGAUGACGAAUUAGUUUAUAAGCACCUUAUUGACAGUAAGAUUUUUUUGCGUUCAGAUGAGUAA